CACCUGUAUGUGCUGUAUAAUAUAGCCUCUGAAAUGGUUGUAUCCAGGCUGACAACAAAGGGGCCAAUGUUGUGGUAUGUGUCGGAGUAUGUUGUGCAUUGUUAUAGCCUACAAAAACCACGGGCCGCGCGGAUGUCUCCUCUUCUGGAUUAAGCGCGCCGAUUAAAUUGUGUUGCUGGUAGCAUUUGCAUUGAUUUUAAUUGGCUUUAUUAACACAUAGUCUAGACUAUAGCCUAUACGCAUUGGGACUUGUCAUUAUGAGAACUCGUUUUAGUAUUCGGCUUCCGCUAUAAUUUAUUUAUUGGAGAAUUAUAGCCCGACCUCUGAGUAGGCUAGCAUAUGCCAUUAGCUGGACAGUAGGUUACCCAAGCGAAUGUGAAACUACUACUGUACCUUUAGGUGUAGCCUAACUUACAAAGGACUCUUGAGAACGAACCAAUUGAUUAAUUGAUUUAAAAUGUACUCAAAAUAUCUUAUAAUGUAGGCCAAGCAUACCAUCGUUUGGCAAACGCGACCUAUACCGUACUAAUAUUUAAAAAAAAAAAAACAUAUCCUAAUGCUGCCAAAUUCCUUUUAGAAUGACUCCAGGAUUAAGAGGUCGGUCUUAAUCCGCGGGUCCUGGGAACUCCUUCUUGGCGACUGACCCUCAGUUCUCUGUUAUCAAAUUUCCCCGACGCUCAAAAAACUUUGAUUUCUCUCCCUAUUAUUUUCCGUCGCUUUCCCGAACAUCUGGGAGGUAUCCGGAGCGUGAGACGUUCCAGAAUCUCACAACUAUAUUCACUGCCUGGCCCCACCCCUACAAAAACCCAGUGCGUGGAAUUUACAUGUUUUAAAACGCCGAUUACCAUACUCCACGAGUGGAUUGGCCAGUGGAAGUGUCAGUCAUGUCUUAAUGGGCGGGGCGGAGGUGUUAAGGACUGCGAAAGGGGAUCUGUGGGCGGGCGCCGCUGUCAGAUCUGUUCCUCAUUCUUGUCAAAAUUGGCUGGAGCCAAGUCGCCUAUGCGCGGGUAGCGAGCGUUUUACUUUUGGAGACACCCGCAGCAGUCGGCGCAUAACAAAGGAAGAAAAGGAUUGGCUAGUUCCUUCAUCGAACAACGCGUUUCAUGUAAAGCCUUGCGCGUGCAGCUUUUUUUUCUCGCGUAAAGAAGGUCUUGGCUGCGAGAUGGAUGAUAAGAGAAAAGAAGCGAACCAUUUUGUUGCGCGUUCACUUGAAUAGAUACUCACACAUACUCCAAAAUCUUUUUUUUUGGUUUUUUUUUAACUUUGCACGAACGCAGGGUUCUGUUAUCAUCCGAGAAUUGCUCUUGCUCUGUGCGGAUGAGAGCACCAACAUAAGAUUUGAAGGCAGCUCAUAGUUUGCAACCUAGCGGGGGAAAGACUUGUUGCACGAGAGAGACCUCAUGGAAAUUGGAACAUUUGUGCAAGUGCUUUUGUGCGUAACCGCGACCAAAAUUAUAGUUGCUAUGAAAUAGGCUGUGUGUGAAUGAAUUCUGCGUGUAGAAGUUAGGAAAGUUGGACAGGAUGCGUUGGGAGAAGAAGAGUGAAUAACUAGCGAACGCACAGUGUGGAAAUCGGGCAAUACACUUGGUUCACAAAGAGACGGGCUUUCAGCAAUAAUAAAAUUGAGGAAUUAUUGCUGUUGCAAGCGGACACGCUCGAGGACAGAUGUGCAAGCCGUGAACUGUUCCAUUAACCGAUAUCGAAUAGGGAAAAUAUUUCUUUACAUGGCACUCCCUGGAGAACAACCAGCGCAGACUUGUGUUGUGCAGCCAACAUUUUCGAUCGAAUAAGAAAAAAAACCAAAAAAAAAAAAAAACCCAUUUGUAUUAUUACUGUUUCUUUGGUUUGCUCGUCAUGUCGGAUCGGGAGUGCUACGGGGACGGACUGUGUGGAGACGGAGCCCCCGAGUUCCACCCGGGGAGAGCGUCCAGAGCUGGCCGGCGAAGCGGGGUCAUCCUCCCGGUGGCCGAACGCUCCAGCCCCGGCGGCCAGGAAUCAGAGAUCCUUCUGGAGUCGGUGAAAGCGGCGCCGCGUCGGAGCAGCAUCAUAAAGGACCCCUCGGCGCAGAAGGCGCUGGGCGGGCGUAAGAAGACGGUGUCGUUCAGCAGCAUGCCGUCGGAGAAGAAGGUGAGCAGCGCGGCGGACUGCCUGGCCUUCAUGGCGGGCGGCUGCGAGCUGCGGAAGGUGCGGCCCAACGCGCGGCUGUACUGCCGCUUCUACACGCUGGACCUGGAGCAGGCCUGCCUGCGCUGGGAGCCGUCCAAGAAGGACGUGGACCGCGCGCGCCUGGACAUCGCCGCCAUCCGCGAGGUGCGCGCGGGCAAGAGCACCGACACCUUCCGGCACAACGGCCCGGCCGAGCACCUGGCGGAGGAGGCCGCCUUCUCCGUCCUCCACGGCGACGACUACGAGUCGCUGGACCUGGUGGCGCUGUCCGCCGACGUGGCCAACAUCUGGGUGACCGGGCUGCGCUACCUGCUGUCGCACCCGGGCGGGGCCCCGGGGGCCGGGGCCGGGGCCGGCGGGCCGGACGGCGCCGAGGAGAGCGCCGGGAGCCGCAUGCGGGCCGACUGGCUGGCGGCCGAGUUCGGGACGGGCGACGAGGACGGGUACGGGAUCGUGGCCGAGGACGUCGCCGUGGAAACCAUCUGCAGGCUGUGCCCGAGGAUCAAGGAGGCCAAGGUGCGUCUCCGGUUUAAGGAGAUCCAGCGCAGCAAGGAGAAGCUGACCUCCCACGUGACGCUGGAGGAGUUCCAGGAGGCGUUCUGCGAGCUGUGCACCCGACCCGACGUCUACUUCCUGCUGGUGCAGCUGUCCAAGGACCGCGAGUGCCUGGACCCGCAGGACCUGCGUCUGUUCCUGGAGACGGAGCAGGGCCUGCCCCAGGCCACGGCCGAGAGCUGCCUGGAGAUCCUGCUGCGCUUCGAGCCGUCGGAGAUGGGCCAGGAGCGGGGUCUGCUGGGCCUGGACGGCUUCACCCGCUACCUGCAGUCCUCCGAGUGCCAGCUCUUCGACCCCGAGCACCAGCGCGUGUGCCAGGACAUGACCCUCCCGCUCUCCCACUACUACAUCAGCGCCUCCUACAGGUCCUACCUGCUGGAGGACCAGGUGCACGGGCGGGCCGACCUGGGCGGGCUUCUGCGGGCGCUCCAGGUGGGGUGUCGGUGCCUGGAGCUGGGGGUGACCGACGGCCCGGACGGGGAGCCUCUCCUCGGGGUGGAGCACAGCCCGGGGCUGCAGUCCCACCACCACCACCACCACCCCCCGCCGUCCGUCACCCUGCGCAGCGCCCUGGAGGUCAUCAGCAAGUACGCCUUCCUGACCUCGGAGUUCCCGCUGCUGCUGUACCUCUGCCACCGCUGCAGCCCCUCCCAGCAGCUCACGCUGGCCCAACACCUGCGCAAGGUGUUCGGCACCCGGCUCUACGUCCCCGAGGCCCAGCACCGGGGGCGAGUCUGCGCCCCCCUGCCCACCCCCGAGCAGCUGAAGGGCCGGGUGCUGCUGGUGGGGAAAAAGCUCCCCCCGGAGGAGGAGGGCUCGGAGGGGGAGGUGUCCGAGGACGAGGAGGAGAUCGGGGGCGGGGGGCCCCUGGCCGGCCGGCGAAUGACCAUCCCCGGGGAGGAGGAUCUGGGCGUGGUCCUGGUGGUGCCCCCGCCCCCCCAGCCCCGGAGACUCCGCCUCCGGCGGGAGCUCUCGGACCUGGUGGCCGCGGCCAGGACCGGCAGCCGCUUCUUCUACGCCCACCACCGGGCCCAGCAGAACCAGGGGUCCUCCCCGCCCAGCACGCCGGGGAGCCCGGCCCCGCACGACGGCGCCCCCUGCUGGACGCUCUGCUCCCUGGGCGAGGGCGAGGCCGGCCGGCUGGCCAACGAGAUCCCCGAGGAGCUGGUGGGCUUCACCAAGCGCGCGCUGACCCGCGUGCGGCCCAGCUCGGUCCGGCUCGACUCCAGCAACCCCAACCCGCAGGGCUACUGGAGGGGCGGCUGCCAGCUGGUGGCCCUCAACCAGCAGACGCCCGGCGUGAUGCUGGACCUGCACCGCGCGCGCUUCGCGCAGAACGGCGGCUGCGGCUACGUGCUGCGGCCGGCCGUCAUGCGGGAGGAGGUGUCGUACUUCAGCGCGCACACGCAGGGCUGCGUGCCCGGCGUGCCGCCGCAGACGCUCCGGGUCAAGGUCAUCGGCGCCCACGGGCUGCCCAAGCCGCAGGGCUCCGGCUCCAAGGGCGAGGUCAUCGACCCGUACGUGGUGCUGGAGCUGCACGGCGUGCCCGCAGACUGCGCCGAGCAGCGCACCCGCACCGCCGCCCAGAACCAGGACGACCCGCUGUUCGACGAGACCUUCGAGUUCCAGGUGAACAUGCCUGAGCUGGCCCUGCUGCGCUUCGUGGUGUUGGACGACGACUACAUCGGGGACGACUUCAUCGGGCAGUACAGCGUGGCGUUCGAGUGCCUGCAGCCGGGCUACCGCAACGUGCCGCUGCUGGACGUGUCGGGCGAGGCCCUGCCGCAUGCCAGCCUGUUCGUGCACGUGGCCGUGACCAACCGGCGCGGCGGGGGGAAGGCGCACCGGCGGGGGCUGUCCGUCAGGCGGGCGGUGCGGCGGGGCCGGGAGUACGUCACGCUGCGCAACACCGGCGUCCGGCCGCUCGACGACGCCUUCCGCCCCGCGGGGCCGCCGCUGAGGGAGGCCGCCGACCUGCGCGAGGACACACAGAAUGCCACAGUCCACUUCAAAGAGCAGUGUGGGCUCCCCCCGGUGGCCAAGCUGAAGCAGUGCAUCCAGAGCCUGACCACCCGGCUGCAGACGUCCGAGGGGCCCCCGGGGGCCAGCCUGGCGAUGAGGGAGGGGUACCCCUGCCUGGAGGCGCUCGGCAGCCUGCCCGACAGCACGCGCAAGCUCCUCAGCGCCUACGACGCGAUGAUCUCGGCACACAGGCAGCUGAUUGAGAAUGCAGACAGUGUGCAGGAGAAGAUCGCCCAGGUGCAGAAAGAAGGGAUGGUGUUCCACGAGGACCUGCCCAAGCUGGUGGAGAAGGAGGGGCUGAAGGGGCGGAAGCAGAGCAAAGCGCUGGAGAGCUUCGCCUGGAACAUCACCGUGCUGAAGGGGCAGAGUGACCUGCUCCGCGGGGCUAAGAUGGAGGCCCUGGAUGCCCUGCGGCAGUUGGCUCUGGCCUGCGAGGCGUUCGGACUGAGCGCCCCCCAGGACCUGCAGAACCCGCCCCAGCCCUCCUCAGACCUGGGCACCUACACCAGCCACCCCCGGAGGGGCAGCACCCAGGGGAACGGGCGCAUAUGACUCCCCCAAACCCCCCUUUCUCACGGUGACACUGGACAGGAGAGGAGCACACAGAGACCCUGCUCUUUCGCCUUUUAUCUAACGGUCUGGAUGACAUGGAGGCCUUGUUCCUUCUCCUUUAUCUAAUGGUUUGGAUGAGCCUCCUAACUGUAGGACCGGCCUGCUGUCUGAACCCGACCAUGGAGCAGUGUUUAAAGUGUGUUUACCCCUGUGGCCCCGCACAUUUCAGCCUCCCCCACUGCCCCGCCCGUGUACAUGAACCCGUUCGCGCAUUAAACUGACAUGUUUGUGACGGUACUACAUGAACACGAUGAGGGAAGGAGAGAGUACCAGGGACCUGAAGUCCACUGGUGGGUGGACGUUGGGUCAAUAAUCUACUGUCUGAGAAGAUUGCCUAGCCUCGACAAGAACCGAGUCUCAGACUCUCAAAGCUUGAAUGGCGUGUUGGUUUAACCUCUCCAACACUCAGGAGUAGCGUUUUUUUUUUUUUUUUUUUUGCAAAUGCUGUCUGAAUGUCGUCUAAACGUUGCUGUGAUGGAAACAGAGAACAUUACGUUAGCGGGGCAUCUGCUUCCCUCCACGGUGUGUUCUUUGAAUGCGGUUGAGCCCGGUUACUGGAGGCUCUGGACAUCGUGAGCGGGAGUGGUACGUCUCCCAGUUUAGGGGACGUUUCCCUUACUGUACAGUCAACGCCCUUACUGUAAAAUCAACGCCCUUACUGUAAAAUCAACAACUGACUGAGGUGGAUGGGUAACUUGCAGGGCUGUGCGUGUGUGCCUGUGUCUGUACUUACAGUGGAGUGUGCAAAGGUUGAUUAGUCUCUGAUACAGACUUCUGUCUGUGACUGUAAUAAACCAUCAGGUCAGGAAGGGGAGGCAGGCUGUAAAUAUAUCUGCCACAGUAACUGGUCCUGGAUCAGCGGAAGAUAUGACUGAUCAGGAUUGUGAUUACGGCGGAGUACGCUACCAAAACAAAGUCCGUCUUAACAAGUGUUUAAGUAUUGCGUUGAGACUUACAAUGUUAUUAGUUCAAUCUGAAAGCAGAAAAUAUUAACUUGUUUUAAGCUACCGUUUGAUGAGUGAAGUUUUCUUACCCCAUUGGCAAAUCUUGAAAUAAGAGUCUCACCUCACUGGCAAUAUUUCUUAGUUAGCGAAAAAGUUAAGAUAAAUUAGAUUUCACGUCUUAAUGCAAGACUAAAAUACGUGUUGAGACAGACUUAUUUUUUUGUUUUUCGCCGUGUGGUGAAGGGCUGAGGUAUGUUCACAGGGGGGCGGGCGUUAAGUCAUACCGUCCCUCUUCCACUCGAGGCCGUGUCUAUGUCACUCGGCGUAAGUGGUCCACAGGUAACCGAACCUGAGACGGGCGGGUACAUAUUUCCCCUCUGAGGGACGUCUUCCGAAGAGGAGGAAACGCGAGCCCCUCGCCCCCCGCCCCCCGCCCCUCGCCCCCCGCCCCCCGCCCCCCGGCCGGAGAGGCGCGGAGCGUCUCGGAUGUCCGGAGGGUCAUGGGUGACCCAGCUGCAGGUGCACACUGGAGCGUCCACGUCCGGCCGGCAGCACCGGGAUAUCGUGUUUCACAGACAAGAGGCGGGGAUGUUUACCUGCCCGCUGCCUGGCGACACAGGGAACGUUCAAUACAUGUGGGUUUUGGGGGGGAAGACUGAAAGACACGGCACCCCCAAAAAAGGAUUCUUUGGCUUCUCUAUUGAGGAACGGGGGCAGCCUGUAGCCUAGUGGCUAAGGUACAUGACUGGGGCAGCCUGUAGCCUAGUGGCUAAGGUGCAUGACUGGGGCAGCCUGUAGCCUAGCGGCUAAGGUACAUGACUGGGGCAGCCUGUAGUCUAGUGGCUAAGGUACAUGACUGGGGCAGCCUGUAGCCUAGCGGCUAAGGUACAUGACUGGGGCAGCCUGUAGUCUAGUGGCUAAGGUACAUGACUGGGGCAGCCUGUAGCCUAGUGGCUAAGGUGCAUGACUGGGGCAGCCUGUAGCCUAGCGGCUAAGGUACAUGCCUGGGACCCAGAAGGUUGGUGGUUCAAGUCCCGGAGUAGCCACGAUAAGAUUCCCCCAGCUGUUGGGCCCUCGGAAUUGUCCCCUGCUUUGUCUAAUCAACUGUACAUUGCUUAGGAUAAAAGUGUCGGCUAAAUAACAAAGUAAUUAUUUAUUUAUUAGGAAUGCUUUUUUUUUUUUUUUUGUUCUUUAUGGACACAGAGCCCUAGAACUAGACGGGGUUCUUCUGUGGAACCGCAGGGCAUCUUGGAGCCAUUGUUUUCUGGGCGUGCUCGACUCAGCGUGCUCAUGAGACUUGACGUGAGACUGUGCCAGAUUAAGUGGUUCAGCAGUGUCUCGCCCCCAAAGCUGAGAUGAAACUUGCGCCUGUGUUCUGAACACUGCAGAGACACGUCUGUCCAGGGACGCUGUUAGGAUGUCCGAUACACUGCGUGCUGGGACCUGCUGCUUUUACCCACAACGACCCCACUGCAGAUACAGAAUACAAAUUCACCUGCUGUAAAAUCCAGCUAUGACCAGUGGGAAAUGACCACCUACCAGCUGUUUCAAAACAUAAUGUAGCUCGAGCCGGUCAAUACAUGUUGAGUGUGGAGCUGGUCUGGACCGGUCAACCGGCUACCGGCUGUUUCUAAACCUAGCCUGGGUCGUUCUUCUCAUGGGUUUAUUUGCAGGGUCCACAACCGAAUGAAUGGCUGAAGUUUCCUGAGACAUGCAUUACUCACUUUAGUAUUUUCAUGCACUUGGUGCUUUACUGAUAUGCCCGUGGAUAUCCGUGUCCCGUGUUCACACUCACAGAUGGAGGUAGCUCAACGUGUGCGUGUAAGCACAGCAUGUUUCACUGCAAGGUGUAAAAUCCAGCUACGACCGCCUACCAGCUGUUUCAAAACCUAGCUUGAGCUGUUUCUUUCAGCGGGGAAUGCAGAUGCAGCUGGACCCAUAUGACAGCUUUCAUCCAUUCUCCUCUGCACACAAGCGUGAUUCUGAACUUACCUUACUGCAGGACAUUACAGACUGCUCUACAGAAGACUCAUGGCACAGACUUGCUAACUGCCAAUUUACAACUUGUCAGAUCAUUAACAAAGUUUUGGAUUAUGCAAGUGAACUGUCAAAGCCAAGGAUUAGUCCAAUAGCUGUGUGAUAAAAUUCAAUUCCUGCAUUAAAAUUCAGAAACCUGUAGAA